AUGGCUGACAAGAGAAAACUUCAAGGUGAGAUCGAUAGAUGUUUGAAAAAAGUAGCUGAGGGAGUGGAACAGUUUGAAGAUAUUUGGCAAAAGCUUCACAAUGCAGCCAAUGCAAACCAGAAGGAAAAAUAUGAGGCUGACCUCAAGAAAGAGAUUAAAAAACUACAGCGAUUGAGAGAUCAGAUAAAAACAUGGGUGGCCUCAAACGAGAUCAAAGACAAAAGGCAGCUAGUUGAGAACCGCAAACUUAUAGAAACGCAAAUGGAGCGGUUCAAAGUGGUGGAACGUGAAACGAAAACAAAAGCCUACUCUAAAGAAGGCUUGGGGCUCGCUCAGAAGGUGGACCCAGCUCAGAGGGAAAAGGAGGAAACGGGACAGUGGCUAACAAAUACGAUAGACACUCUAAAUAUGCAGGUGGAUCAGUUUGAGAGUGAAGUGGAAUCUCUUUCAGUCCAGACACGAAAGAAGAAGGGCGAUAAAGAGAAGCAAGAUCGUAUUGAAGAGCUCAAGCGACUGAUUGAGAGACAUAGAUACCACAUUCGCAUGUUGGAGACCAUUUUGCGAAUGCUUGACAAUGACUCUAUACCAGUGGAUGCAAUUCAAAAGAUCAAGGAUGAUGUGGAGUACUACAUCGAUUCCUCCCAAGAUCCGGACUUUGAGGAGAAUGAGUUCCUGUAUGAUGACUUGGACUUGGAGGACAUCCCAUUAGUCGCAACUUCUCCAUCAGGCCAAGGCAACGUGGAAGAUGACAUGUAUCUCCACUCUAGCAGCACUCCCACUUCCACCACCUCUUCUUCACCCAUCCCUCCUUCCCCAGCCACUUGUACUGCUGAGAACUCAGAGGACGAUAAGAAAAGGGGACGGUCGACAGACAGUGAAGUUAGUCAGUCGCCUGUGAAGAAUGGCACCCCAUCCUUGCUCUCGUCUUUCGCUUCUUCCACAACUUCCGGGUCCUCUUCGUCCUCCUCCCUGGUGUCCAUGGCGAGCGUUGUCGGUGGCAUUCCCACAGUUCCCACAAGCAGCAGUCUUAUAGGAAGCUUCAGCAGCGCGGUGCAGCAACAUCAGCAUCAGUCUGCACAGCAGCAGCAACAAUCUCAGCCAUCCAACCAGUCGCAGCAGCAACAGCAGCAGCCAGCUCAGGCAAAACCUACUGUCCCCUCAAACAACACCCCCAGCCCGCCCAGCAACCCGCUCCUGCCAGCAUCCACUGCCCCAUCUCUCCCGACACCCAGCACACCCAGUUCAUCGGCUCCCAACUCUCAGCUCACGUCUGGGCCCUCAGCAUCCAGUUUGGGACUUGGGAUGGGGCUGGAUUUAAGAAAAGGCAGCAUGUCAGGGACCAGCACUGCCAACCAAAUUCAAAGCUUAGGCCUGGGUGGCCACCCCACUCCGUUAAACACGAUGGCAAGCCUAAUUUCAGGGUCCACUCCUGCUCCUUAUGCUCAGGCAGCAGCAUCAGGAGGCCUGGGCCUGAGCAGCACCACUCAGUCCAGCAUCUCAGUGGAGAGUACUACUUCCAUCCCCACCUCUGGCUCCAGUGGAGUCACCACCAAUGGGGCAGUGACAGGGCACAGCUUGUUAGGUUCUAGCCCAGCCCACAGCUCUCUGAGUGGAAGUAUUUUGGGUCUGGUCCCUGGGCAGAGCGUGGCCCCUGGUACAUCUCAGGUGCCUCAGAGUUCUGCAAGCACUACCCCCGGAGUAGUCGGCAUGAUGGGAGGCAAUGGAGGAAGUGCUGGUGUGGUUGGAGCAGUCGGAGUCAAUGCCGCACCGGCGCGGCCGCCGAGUGGACUGAAGCAAAACGGAAGCACAAGUUACAGUGCUGUGGUGGCAGAGAGCUCCACAGAAUCGGCUCAAAGCACACCAAGCCAGUCACAAAGCAGCCAACCCUCGUCUCUCAGCUCCUCAACCAGUCAGCCGAUGGACAACGGCCCCAGCUUAAUCAGCUCCAUCACAUUACCCCCCAGCUCUCCGUCCCCGUCCUUCUCAGACAGCACACCCGGCGGAGGGAGUCUUCUCAACGGACCCCUGUCCUAUACGCAGGCCCCCGAGGUCCUCAAGGCCCCUGAGCCCCUCAGUUCUCUGAAGGCGAUGGCUGAGAGAGCGGCGCUGGGAUCAGGACUGGAUGGAGAGAUUGCCAACCUGCAUUUAACCGACAGAGGUCGGAAUGAUAUCUUCUCCAGUUCGUCGGCAGCGCCGGGCACACCCGCCGCCCCUCAGCCGUCUGUGUCGGAGGUCAGCAUUCCCCCCUCGCUCGGGGUCUGUCCCCUGGGCCCAACGCCUCUCCCAAAAGACCAGCUCUACCAGCAGGCCAUGCAAGAGUCUGCGUGGACACACAUGCCACACCCCUCUGACUCUGAGAGGAUCAGGCAAUACCUGAUGAGGAAUCCCUGCCCUACCUUGCCCUACCACCAUCAGGUACCACCGCACCACUCGGACUCCAUAGAGUUCUACCAGAGGCUGUCUACAGAAACUCUUUUCUUCAUCUUUUACUACCUGGAGGGCACCAAAGCUCAGUAUCUUUCUGCCAAGGCUCUGAAGAAACAGUCAUGGAGGUUUCACACCAAGUACAUGAUGUGGUUCCAGAGGCACGAGGAGCCCAAGACGAUCACCGAUGAGUUUGAACAGGUGCGGCUCAUUCAGCUCACGCAGACGGCUUGGUGUUGCUCCUCAUUAACGGUUCCUUGUGCCUCUCUGUCCCUCCAGGGCACUUACAUUUACUUUGACUACGAAAAAUGGGGCCAGAGGAAGAAGGAGGGGUUCACCUUCGAGUACAGGUACCUCGAAGACCGAGACCUGCAGUGA